GCACUUCCCGAGAUGAGAUGCCAUUCGUAAGUCUAAACUUAGAAUAACUUAGAAUCUCAAUUAUUUCACCAAAAAAAUAAACCAAAAAUUAUCGAAGCCUGAUUUCAUAUCGUCGAAUAGCGAACAAUUCUUCGAUAUUCUGGAGAAACCACCCCUUCUCUUUGUACUUCCUGGAAAAUGUACGCACCAGGGAUCUCUGCUCUCAAUCAUCGCAGACCAGCAGCAUCUUAUUCUGUACAGCACGUGUCUCAUGUCUCCAGAUAUCAAGCCUAGACAUUCGCGAGCAGAUUUUGUUGGGAUAUCUACUAGUUAAACGUAUAAGAAGGACGAAUCAAAACGGUUAAUAAUAUAAUAAUCAAUAAUCGGCGCGCAAUUUACUCCGGCCGAACUUGUCUCAGAUCUUUCGAACAACAUGUCGGAGCCUCGGUCCAAAUCACCUCAGGAUGGCGAGAAUGGCCAGUCUUCGGGGUUGCAAGACGACAAGCCACGUUUGACCGAAGAGGAAAAGAAGCAGAACCAUAUCGCAUCAGAACAAAAGCGUAGGGAAGCUAUUCGGGCUGGCUUUGAUCGCCUCUGCGCUCUGGUACCUGGAUUGGCAGGUCAUGGUCGCUCUGAGGGUUAUGUCUUGAAAGAAACAGUAAAGUACAUGCGGGAACAACUUGGUAGACGCCGCGAAUUAGUUGAGGAGGCGGAAGCGAAAGGGAUCACCGUUCCGGAUCACCUAAAAGAGCAAGCCACCUUUUUCUUCUUCUUUCCCCGCCCCCAAAUCGAUCAUCAUACUAAUUGGUUCUCUAGACCAGUCAAGAUCCUUGAGAGAUUGGAGGCCCGACAAAAGGAAUUGCAGAAAGUGCAUGGAGUUCAUGAUUUAGAUGACGAUAGUUAGGUAACUACGACUAAUUCUUCGGUUUGGAAUUGAAAGGACUCAGGCAGGAGGCGAAU